AUGGCGGGCUCCAAGAAACCAGUCAACAUUUUUCGUCUGCGAAAUCUGAGCGACCCAAAGCAGGUCUUCAACUGGAGACUAUGGUUUGCUGUUCUUUCUUUUGGCCUCAUGGGUGCUGCCCGGGGUGUCGAUGAGGGCUUGAUCUCGGGGGCUUUUAAUUCCAAGGACUUUCAACGGACUAUUCAUCUGGACACGUACAGUGAGGUCGAGCGGACCAACAUCAAGGCCAAUGUGUCGGCCAUGGUGCAGAUUGGCUCUGUCGGUGGCGCGCUAUUUGCAUUUCUCGUGUGUGACCGCAUCGGCCGGCUGUGGGCAACCCGCCAGCUCUGCCUGCUCUGGAUCCUGGGCAUCGGCAUCUUCAUGGGGGUGGGUUCCAACGGCAGCCUGGGGGCUGUCUAUGCCGGUCGCUUCGUUGCUGGUUUGGGUGUCGGCCAGACCGUGGUCGUGGGGCCUGUCUACCUGGCAGAAAUAGCCCCUGCCUCUGUUCGUGGCCUGUGCACAUGUGUCUUCACCGGCUUUGUAUAUCUGGGUAUUGUGCUUGCCUACUUCACCAACUAUGGCUGCCAGGUCAACAUGGGCCAACACACGCACAAGCGAUGGGAAGUCCCGACCAGUCUGCACAUCAUGUUCGCCGGUCUCAUCUUCCUCCUCUCCUUCCUGCAAUAUGAGUCCCCACGAUUCCUCGUCAAGAAGGGCAAGCCAGAAGAAGCUUUAAAGACCCUGUCGCGCAUUCGCAACCUCCCUCCGGAUCAUGAGUAUGUUAUGCAGGAGUUCAGUGGCAUUCAGAGUGCACAUCAGGCCGAGAUGGAGGCCACCAUGGGGGCUGGCUGGCUGGGGAUCAUCAAGGAGGCGAUUAUGGUGCCGAGCAAUCUGUACCGGCUGUACCUGGCCGCCAUGGCCCAGUUGCUGUCCCAGUGGUCGGGUGCGGGCUCUAUCACUCUGUAUGCCCCGGAUCUGUUCAAGCUGCUGGGCAUCACCGGGUCGAACGAGACGCUCUUGGUCACGGCAGUCUUUGGUCUGGUCAAGCUCGCUGCUGCCGUUAUCUGUGCAUUGUUCCUGGUGGAUGUGAUCGGUCGGAAGCGCGCUCUUCUGCUCGGAAUCACCCUCCAGGCCAUUUCAAUGAUCUAUGUCGCCAGCUUCCUCACGGCAGUCCCGGAGAUGGGCAUCGACGAUCACUUUGUGCUGCCAGAUGCCAAGAGAGGCAGCAGCCGAGGUGCCAUCGCGAUGAUCUACAUCUCCGGAGUGGGAUGGGCGCUGGGGUGGAACUCGAUGCAGUAUUUGCUGACGGCGGAACUGUUCCCGCUGCGCAUCCGAGCAUUGGCCACAUCCGCGGCCAUGACGCUGCACUUUGCCAACCAGUACGGCAACUCCCGGGCGGUGCCCAACAUGCUGCUCAGCACCAGCGAUGGAGGUAUCACGCCGAAAGGAACGUUCUGGUUCUUCUCCGCGGUGACGGUGCUCGGAGGGCUGUGGGUGUGGUUCAGUGUGCCGGAGACCGCUGGCCGGAGUCUGGAGAGUAUGGACCGGUUGUUUGCGCUGCCGUGGUACCAGAUCGGUCGGUAUGGCAACCGGGAUGCGGAGCAACAGGAUCAGCUGGUGGAGGACAAGCAGCAGGUGGCCGAGGAUGCCUUUGGAAAGGCCGAGCAUCGCGAGCGGGUGUGACUGGUAGAUUAGUAUCUGCGUGGUGGAGAUGGGAGAUUGAUUUAAUUACUGUGACAUCCCUGUCGGUGUGUCAUCGCAGCCGAGUCUGACAGGCGAUGCAGGAGGAAGAAGCAAUGAGAGAUGAGAGAUGAGAAAUGAG